AUGUGCCAACACGAAGUCGCUACCAAUGGCUGGACUAGCACGCCGGCUAAUGCGGGUGCUAUAUUCGCCGACCAACCUUUCAUCAACAAGCCCGAUGAGCUCUCCCUCAACGACAUCAAAUUUCCAUUUGAUGAUCCUGUGGUCUCGAAGACAUUGAAAUACGCCAAAGAAGUCCUCCAUCCGGAAACCUUCAAUCAUUCAAUGAGGGUCUUUUUCUACGGAAUGGCUAUUACCAAGCAGCAAUUCCCGGGGCGAUAUGCUGCCCUUAACCCGGUGACUUGGGCUUUGACAUGCCUGCUGCACGACCUUGGUACGGCCGAGGAGAACCUGACAGCCACCCGAAUUUCUUUUGACAUCUACGGCGGAAUCAAGGCACUCCACGUCCUCAAGGAUUUUGGAGCCACUACGGAUCAAGCAGAGGCAGCUGCAGAGACGAUCAUCCGCCAUGAGGACAUGGGUGUUGAUGGAACGAUCACGUACAUUGGUCAACUCAUCCAGCUGGCCACGACCUACGACAAUACCGAUCAACGAAACCUACCCACGAAUCAAAUGGUGUGCCUUUUUGCUGGGGUCAUUCGCAAGGAGGAGACCAUCAAGCCCUGGUGCCACUCGACUCAUCUUGUCGAUUUUGACAACGAGACUGAGGCCAACGCUCUCAUGAAGCAGUGA